UAGGGCAGCCCCGAGCCCGGCGCCCGGCCAGACCCUUGGAAGAGGUGUCUCGUCCCUUGCCACCGCCCAGGCCUCGCUGGCGCCCUCCCGCUGGUAUCAACGCGCUCCCGAGCGGUAGUGAGCCACGUUUGGGUCCGGACCAGGGAAGGACGUUAGUCAGCAGUCUGGUAGCUGGAUCCCCUAGGAAGAGAAGUUCUCACGCAGUAAGAAGAAAGCCUUUCAAUUUGGAACACUUCCUUGCGGCUGGAAAUGGGGAAUGGACUGUCAGACCAGACUUCUAUCCUGUCCAGCCUGCCUUCAUUUCAGUCCUUCCACAUUGUCAUUCUGGGUUUGGACUCUGCUGGAAAGACAACUGUGUUAUACAGGCUGCAGUUCAAUGAAUUUGUAAAUACCGUACCUACCAAAGGAUUUAACACGGAAAAAAUUAAGGUAACCUUGGGAAAUUCUAAAACAGUCACUUUUCACUUCUGGGAUGUAGGUGGUCAGGAGAAAUUAAGGCCACUGUGGAAGUCAUAUACCAGAUGCACAGAUGGCAUUGUGUUUGUUGUGGACUCUGUUGAUGUUGAAAGGAUGGAAGAAGCCAAAACUGAACUUCAUAAAAUAACUAGGAUAUCAGAAAAUCAAGGAGUCCCUGUGCUAAUAGUUGCUAACAAACAAGACCUGAGGAACUCAUUGUCUCUCUCAGAAAUUGAGAAAUUGUUAGCAAUGGGUGAACUGAGCUCAUCAACUCCCUGGCAUUUGCAGCCCACCUGUGCGAUCAUAGGCGAUGGACUGAAGGAAGGACUUGAGAAACUACAUGAUAUGAUAAUUAAAAGAAGAAAAAUGUUGCGGCAGCAGAAGAAGAAAAGAUGAAUGGUGAUAACCUUUUAGAUCUGUGUGGAGUAGGUUUUCUGUGGUCUGAUUUUGACAAAUGGAAGAGUGUCUACAUCCUGGUUUGCCUGCCUGCCCUCCUGGAUGCUGUUAAAGCUUUGUUUUGUUGAACAAUCAGAUGUCCAACUCUGUUGCCUUGUGGAAGAUGAGUAAAUGCAGUGCUUCUUAAAAUGGCCUCUUCUGCCUACCCCACAAAUCUUUUGGUACUACCAUUUUGGGAAGCCAAGCAAAGAUAGAAAAUUGACCAGAAAACAGCUGUGGAAAUUUGACCUGAAGUUAGUGAAAUAAAACUUUGAAGAGUGUCUGCCUAGUGUUUUGUGCUUACAUCUCUUGGGGGGAAGCCUUUGCAAAGAAAUUGCAUGCAAGGCUUUGUAUGUUAUGCUAAUGAAUGGAAAUGUUAAGGUAGAUUAAUAUAUACAGUCAUACUGGUCACGUUGGUCCAACCAGUAAGGGACAAGGAGGCAGUGCUUGGUUUUUUAAGUUUGGCCGAAUGAAUUUUGACAUUUUCUGGAAUCACAUACUGUAAUGCUGUAUCUUAAUUCUAGACUAUGUUUAAGUUGGUCUAACUUAAAAUUUAAAAAGAGGUAUUUGGGGCAUAUUCAAGUGCAUGGAUUAGUUUUUCUGACAAAGCAUGUUUUGGUGGAUAGUCUUUUACUUUCUAGAAAUAGCUAUGCAUC